UUCAGGGCCUGUAGCAGCUCUGGAAGCGCCCACAGUUCUUGCACAAAUUUUACUCAUGUUGAGACACAGAGAUACAAAAUUUGCUGAGGACGAUUUAGGAUUAGCAAAUGCAAGCAAGCCACAACCGGAAAGUAACAACCCUGAACAUGAAUUAAAGAGAAUAGAGGAAAUAUUCAUCUUGUCCACAUUUUCUUGUGAUAUCCCAAAGAUGUCGAAUUGUUUGAAAGAGGAAACAAGAAAAGUGACUAACAGUGAACUAAAAAUUGUUGCUGAAGAAGAAAAGAAAAUAAUUGACCAUGUGUCUGUAUUCAUGAGUCAGGUCAUGGAAAUUGAAGAUAAAAAUGCUGUGACUGUGGAAACUUUGUAUGUUGUUGUUGAAGCACUGCAACUGCUGUUACUCCUCUGUCUCCACAUACCAGAUCAAAGGCUGACACAGCUUACAAAACUUGCGUUGGAGCUGAUUACUGUUGGAGUGCAGAAACUACACCGUAGCUCAGAAAUUUCAAGGUGGAUUUCUUUAUUUCAGCUAUUUUCCAAAUUGCAUAACUUGUACUCUCAAGCACAUACUUGGGCAAAGUGCUGUAAGGAGAAAACUAUGGAUGGUUAUGGAAUACAAGUGCUACAAAUGUUAAUAUCUCACACACCAAGACCUCUCUUCUCAGUAGUUGUGGAAUGUGCAAAAGCCAGAAAAGACCAUAUCUUGAAUCUUAGCAGAUCAGGAAGUACUCAGAGUGACACGUUUAGACGAGAGAGUUCAUCCAGAGGUAGGAUAGUAUAG